CGGAAGGUGGGGCGUGGGUUAGGUGGCUGCUGGGCUCGCGGGGCGCAGGCCGCCGGGCCGGAGCCGGGGGAAGCGAGCUAGCGGAGGCACCGAGGAUCCGAUUCACUCGCUGGGGAGACCUAUGGGCCGAAGCCGUGUAAAUGCGUUUUAAGCAGGGGCCUCGGCUCCCCAACUGCCACUCCUCUUCGGGGUGUCGCACAAGUUUCGAGGUCACCGGCGACCCCCCCUAGCAGCGCACCUGGCUCUGGCCCCCCCGAAGGAGGACGGGCUUGUGUGUUGCAUACUUUCUAAGGCGGUGGCCAAGGCAGCCAGCAGCACCAAGGCAGCGGUUCCAUCCAGCCCGUGGGCUCCUCCUGCUCGGCAUGGCUGGCUACCUGAGUGAAUCGGACUUUGUGAUGGUGGAGGAGGGCGUCAGCACUCGAGACCUGCUGGAGGAGCUCACUCUGGGGGCCUCACAGGCCACCACGGGCAAGGUGGCUGCCUUCUUCAUGGCCGACCUAGGUGCUGUAGUGAGGAAGCACUUCUGCUUUCUGAAGUACCUACCUCGAGUCCGCCCCUUUUAUGCUGUCAAGUGCAACAGCAGCCUGGGUGUGCUGAAGGUCCUGGCUGAGCUGGGGCUGGGCUUCAGCUGUGCUAACAAGGCAGAGAUGGAGUUGGUCCGGCAUAUCGGUGUCCCUGUCAAUAAGAUCAUCUGUGCCAACCCCUGUAAGCAAAUUGCACAGAUCAAGUAUGCUGCCAAGCACGGGGUGCAGCUGCUGAGCUUCGACAAUGAGGUGGAGCUGGCCAAGGUGGUCAAGAGCCACCCCAGUGCCAAGAUGGUUCUGUGCAUUGCCACCCAGGACUCCCAUUCCCUGAGCCAACUGAGCCUGAGGUUCGGAGCUUCGCUGAAAUCCUGCAGACUUCUGCUUGAAAACGCCAAGAAGAGCCACGUGGAGGUGGUGGGUGUGAGUUUUCACAUUGGCAAUGGCUGUCCUGACCCUCAGGCCUACGCUCAGUCGAUUGCAGAUGCCCGGCUUGUGUUUCAAAUGGGUGCUGAGCUGGGCCACACGAUGAACAUUCUGGACCUUGGUGGCGGCUUCCCUGGCUUAGAGGGAGCCAAAGUGAAAUUUGAAGAGAUUGCCUCCGUGAUCAACUCAGCCUUGGAUCUGUACUUCCCCGAGGGCUGUGGUGUGGACAUCCUUGCUGAGCUGGGCCGUUACUACGUGACCUCCGCCUUCACUGUGGCUGUCAGCAUCGCUGCCAAGAAGGAGGUUCUUCUGGACCAGCCCAGCAGGGAGGAGGAAACCAGUUCAGCCCUCAAGACCAUCGUGUACCACCUUGAUGAAGGCGUGUAUGGGAUUUUCAACUCAGUCCUGUUUGAUGACACCUGCCCCACCCCCACCCUGCAGAAGAAGCCAUCCACGGAUCAACCACUGUACAACAGCAGCCUGUGGGGCCCAGCAGUUGAUGGCUGUGACUGUGUGGCCGAGGGCCUGUGGCUGCCGCAACUACACGUAGGGGACUGGCUGGUCUUUGACAACAUGGGAGCCUACACCAUGGACACAAAGUUCCUCCUUGGGGAGAUCCAGGCCUACAGAAUCACUUAUGCUAUGUCCCGGGUAGCCUGGGAAGCACUUCGAAGGCAACUGUUGCCUGCAGAAGAUGACCAGGAUGCUGAGGGCGUGUGCAAGCCUCUGUCCUGUGGCUGGGAGAUCACAGACACCUUGUGUGUGGGCCCUGUCUUCACCCCAGCGAGCAUCAUGUGAGCAGGCCUCCCCCCCAACCCCCUGGAGAACCCCAGCAGGAUCAUGGAGAUGCCUUGGGAGAGGUGGGCAAGGCAGCAAGCUGGCAUCCUCUGACCAGGACGCUGGUGCUUGCUCUGUCACCCACAUUUCACCUGUCGUGUUUUUGCCCUGUAAAUAGGACCAGUCUUACACUUGCUGUAGUUCAAGUAUGCAACAUAAAUCCUGUCCCUUCUAGUUGUGUCUUCCUCCUCUGCAGCGCAAGGGGCCUGGUCAGCCAGGUGUGGGGUGUUCUUGGGGUCUCCUUGGUCUCCUUCUCACCUUGGUAAAUAUGAAGCAAAUAAAUAUUUAGGUUUUUUAAUACU